AUGCUCGUAAUCGCCUUCCACGAAUUCGGGCACGCGAUAACAGCCUGCUGCACCGGUGGCCGCGUGAAGUCUAUCUCGCUCGACCCGCAUGAAGGCGGCGUCACGCACAUGCAGGGCGGGAUCUCCGCCAUUACCCUGCCGGCGGGUUAUCUGGGGUCGUCGAUUAUCGGGGCCCUGCUGAUCUUCGCGGGCUUCAAUAUCAUUGCGAGUAAAGUCGCGAGUAUAGUGCUGGGCGUGUGCUUUCUGUUGACGCUCUGGUGGGCGAGGAGGGACUGGUUGACGAUCGUGACGGUGUUGUUGGCCGUGGGGCUUUUGGUUGCGUGCUGGUUUAUUGCGCAUGGGGAGGCGCUGAAGUGGGUUGUUUUGUUCAUCGGGGUCAUGUCAGGCUUGUACAGCGUUUGGGAUAUUUGCGACGACCUCAUAUUGCGCAAAGUCAACUCCUCCGACGCAAGCGUCUUCGCGCAGCGCUACGGCGGGUCCUCGCGCUGCUGGGGUCUGCUCUGGUCCAUGGUGUCUCUCAUUUUCAUCGCCAUUGCGAUCGUUGCCGCGAUAGCUGCGUUCCCUCAGUCGUUCAGCCAGCAGGAGGAGGACUCGAAGAGCUUUUUACCGACGAAGUUCUAG